AUGAACUCUGUUCCUUCACGAAGUGAUCCUACCGGUGAAGGUCGAGGUUCGGAUCUAUUGGAUGGUCGAGGAGGAGGUAGUACGGUAAAUGCUUCCUCAUUCAAAGAACGUACUAUCUCUGAAAAUGCUCAGGCAAAUACUGCCAGGGCGCCUCGCUAUUUAUACUAUCGCUUAUACACGAAAGAUGGUGCGAUCAGGUCGAUCAACCCCAUCUACGCUAACGAUGAAUUCAUCGGACGAACUCGUUCGAGACUCAUUACGCCACCGCAUACCGCGUUAUCACUUAAGAAUCAUCUAUGCAAGAUCGAAGGUUUUAAUGCAGGAACCAGCUCCACUCUCAUUGAAUCCUUUUUAAACACGGAAGCGAUGGAUGCAUCUGCGCGCGUACCGCUCAAAGGAGACUCCGGCCCCGGCUUGUCUGAGGACGAUCCCAUGAUUCUUGUGGUUGAACCAAGGGGCGAUGAGAAGCGGAGCCUGCCUUUGAAGCAGAGCGCGCUCCCAGAUUCCGUGCCGCAUGAACCACGUUACCAUUCUCAUACCUCUGCAGUUUAUUAUCAAAUUUACGACAAAGGUGGUGCGAUAGCUACCAAAAUGUCUUUUGACACCGACGACGAAUUCUUGGGUCGCGUCGAUACGCUCUCUGUUACACCGCCUCACACUGUCGCUUCCCUCGGGUCCCGUAUUGCGAGCGCGGAAGGCCUCGUGAAGAACAAAAUCCAAUUAUUUAAAGAUACGGACGGCGACGCUCUCAUGAAUGAUAAUGAUCAGUUGCCUCUCCUUGCGCAGACAUAUCCGGGAUGCACAGAGGAUGACCCCAUUGCGGUUGUAGUACAUGAGGAUGAGCCUCAAGUUGGGGAGAAUAACAUGUUUUCGAAGCAAAUUCGUGCAACGACGACGUGGACCCCGACGUCUGAAAAUCUUUCUGUGUGGCUUCCUACAACAAACGGCGAGAUAUUACAUACAGAUGGUGUCAGAAUAACACAGAUGUACAUUGAUGGGUCAGGUGCGGGCUCUACAUCUUAUGGCGGAUAUAUGGCAAUCAAUGCUUCGGGAAAGAAAGGCUUCACCACGCAGAGUUUAUCUAGCUAAGGUCUGCUAGGCAUACGUCUUCUCUACACUGCGACUGGGCCUCAGAUGUACCCUCUUGAAUGAACUAUUCAUAAGG